UUCCCAAUGGAUGAUGAAACAAUUGCUAAAAUCAAUUCUUCAAUGAAUGCACAUUUACCAUUUGCUGUUGUAGGAAGUAUGGAUGAGGUAAAAGUUGGAAAUAAGAUGGUCAAAACUCGUCAGUAUCCUUGGGGUGUUGUACAAGUGGAAAAUGAGAACGACUGCAACUUCAUAAAGCUGCAGGAGAUGCUCAUUUACACCAACGUGGAAGACCUGCGGGAGCAGACCCACAGGCGGCACUACGAGUUAUAUAGAUGCUGCAAACAGGAAGAACUGGGCUUCAAAGACGUGGGCCCAGAGAACAAGCCCAUCAGUGUUCAAGACGCCUACGAAGCCAAAAGGCACGGGAUCUGCGGGGAGCGCCAGAGGAGGGAAGAUGAGAUGAAGCAGAUGUUUGUGCAGCGGGUCAAGGAGAAGGAAGCCCUCUUGAAGGAAGCCGAUAGGGAGCUCCAGGCUAAAUUUGAACAUCUUAAAAAAGUUGACCAAGAAGAGAGAAUGAAACUUGAAGAAAAGAGAAGACUUUUGGAUGAAGAAAUAACUGCUCUUUCUAAAAAAAAUGCUACCUCUGAAAUGUAUCAGAGCCAGUUCUUUGUUAUGACUUGUAGCAAUAAGGACAAGGAUGGGAAGAACUCCCAAUUUUAUAUGAGUCAUUCUAGAACUGCGUGUCACAGAAGAUCAUUCCAAGUAAAAGUUUAUCAAAAAAGUUAG